AUGGUGUCCAAUAAGGAGAGCCAGUUCACCGCUUCCCCGAAGAUAAGCCCCUUAAACCCCGAGGCGCCUCUCUAUUCGGGCGCGACUCCCCAGGGUACUCCCCAGACAACUCCCCCGGCACACUUCCGUGCAUCUCACUUCACGUUCUCACGAGUCCCUCCUACGGCUCCGAAGAACUUCCAACAGGAGCAGAUGUUGACUCCGUUCACAUCUCUCCGAUCGCACUCUGACGAGCCACCUCGUCGCGGUUUCCAGGGCACUCUGUCUGAAGACUCCCACAGCAGCGCUGGACGACGUUCCAACACGCAAUCCCACGGCCACCCUCGCAACAUCAAUAGCAACCGUCCCCGCAAUCGACCCAACGCUCGUACUCGCGAGCGACCCACCAUGGCCAUGCAGCUGUCUUCCACACCUACUAGGCCUCUGACUCCCUUUCCUAGCCCCAUGCAGACCCCUGCUCACUUGGCUUAUACCACCGAGCUGGCCAUGGCGGACCAGAACGCCAGGUUUAGAGCUGCGAUGGCGACUUCUUACAUCAUGGAAGCCGCGGAAAAGGCACUCGAGCAACGAGAGAAGGAGAAGGAAGAUCCCGACAAUAUGGAGGAGGAGUCAAUGACUGAACGCAUUGCUCUUCACAGACAGAAGCAGGAGCGAGCUAGAGGUUUUGAGGAUGAUGAUGAAUUCUACUUCGACACCUAA